AUGGGGGGCUUCUUUGGCACCGCCGCAGAGAGUUGGCGCAUGUUCAGCGGCGUGGAGAAGAGAAAUAUUAUGAUCUAUAUCGGCGGUAUCAUGUUGUACAAGUUUGGUCUUGAGGCCUUCAACGGCUCCAUCGUAGCGCUUGCAACAAAUCGCUACGACAACGAAGCGAAGCUCACCGGCACCACGGCCCGAACGUUCGAGCGCGUCGGCCUGCUGGUCGGUCUCAACCAGGCCUUCCAAUGUGUCGGCUCCAUUCUCAUCGCUCCCCUAAUCAAACGCUUCCAAACCAAGAUGGUCUUGGCGUCUGCCAUCUUUGUCUUUGCCAUUUUCACCGCGCUGCUCAUGAUCAUCGAUGCUGCAACCGGUGGCACCCUCAAGCCGAAGGGCGCGAAGAGCAGUGACUGGUCCUACUACGGCACAUACAACACUGAUGGCAUGAUUCCCAUCUACUGCCUAACUGGUAUUGCCUAUGGCAUGGUGGAGUUGAUUCGACGUGUCAUUCCCCGUGAUAUCGUUGGAGGUAAUGUCCAAAAGCUCCGACGCAUGGAUGCCUUGGUCCAUAUCUUUUACGAGAUCGCCGGUACCUCAGGAGCGUUCUGCACUGCUCUGGGCCUCAUCCCUUAUUUCGGCAACAACUUCUCCUUCAUCAUCACGCCGAUCUGCUUCACGUGCGCUGCCGGUGUGUGGUUCCUCAUCAGCAGGCUCGGAACCCCCAUCUCUGCGGAAGAGGAGCGCAGCCGACUUGCACGUACGGAGAAGCCGAACUACGUCAAGUCAAUCUCAGCAUCGAUCUUCUUGUUCUUCCAGUCCAUAUGGACCGGCGGCAAGAUAAUCUUCACUUCCCGCCGUUACAUCUGGCUCCUUCCCGGGUACACAUUUGCAUUAUACGGACAUCGUUACGUCGAGAACGGUGUCUCUCCCGCGAUUGCACGUCGGUACCUUGGAAACUCUGCGUGGUCCCAGAUCAUGGUCGGAGGUAGCAACUUUGGCGAACUUCUCGGUGCGCUCUUCGUCUUCCUCUUUACAAACCUGGUGACCACUCCUAUGCCCUGGCUGCGUCUAGACGCGCUUCUCUUGUUGAUUCCGUGGUUCUUGUCAUCUUGGUACCCUCCACGGAACGACGUGAACCAAGCCUGGAUCGUCGCGGGUGCCUUCAUUCCAGUGAGUUUUGGUUGGGCGGCGGGUGACGUCUCACUUGCGGCCUACAUCCAGGCGUCGCUGGCCCGCAAGGAAGCGGAGACGAAGAAUGUCAGUGCUCUCGGAGCCGUCAUGGCAUUCCUCUACAGCACGUACAUUGUCAUCUACGCCAUUGCUUCACCUUUACUUGGACGGUACAUCGACCGCGUAUCCGCGGCCAACGGUGGCGAUAUUCACGACGCUAUUCGGAACGUCGCUGGCGUGCAGUUCACCGUGAUUAGCGUCUGCGUUCUUCUUGCAUCCUUGGUACCCAAAGGAGCCAUCGCCUUCAACCCUAAGAUGCUUGACGGCCAGUCGUUGGAUUCCGACAUCGGUCAGACCUACGAGAAGGACCGGGAAAGCAGCGACAUCGAGCUCAAGGAUGAGAAGGCCGUCAUGCAGCCAGCUGUCAAGCCUGGAGAUGGGCCGUUGUAG